GCGCGUUUCGGGAAGCCCAGUCCGCUUGCGCAGCGUCCAGUGCGAGCCAAUAGUGAGGGGCCCCAAGAGCGAGGCGUAGGGGCGGGGCUCGCGGCGGACACCGCCAUUUUGGUGGAAGAGAAACAAUAGAACUGAAAGCGGUGCGACCGGGCGGUGGCUGCAGAGUGACCUGGCCCAACAAGCUGAAGAGUGGAGACAACACGGACACACAGACAAACAGACGAACAGACGGAGGACGCGCUGGCCACUGGACCCCGCUGCCUCCCCCUUCUCUCUGCCUCCUGUGUGCAGAGGAUGAGCCCAGCCUUCAGGGCUAUGGACGUGGAGCCCCGCACCAAGGGCAUCCUGCUGGAGCCCUUUGUCCACCAAGUUGGGGGGCAUUCGUGCGUUCUCCGUUUGAACGAGACAACCCUUUGCAAGCCCCUGGUCCCAAGGGAACAUCAGUUCUACGAGACUCUGCCAGCUGAGAUGCGAAAAUUCACUCCCCAGUACAAAGCUGUUUUGAUAUUUGUUAGGUUUGCAGAUGAGUUUGGGGCCUCUGGCAACAUAGAGACUAAGGAACAGGGUGUGGUAUCUGUGCACUUUGAAGAAGAUGAAGACAGGAACUUGUGUUUAGUAGCAUAUCCAUUAAAAGGGGACCAUGGAACUGUGGACAUUGUAGACAAUUCAGACUGUGAACCAAAAAGUAAGCUUCUAAGGUGGACGAAUAAAAAACAUCACAUCCUAGAAACAGAAAAAACCCCCAAGGACUGGGUGCGCCAGCACCGGAAAGAGGAGAAGAUGAAGAGCCAUAAAUUAGAAGAAGAAUUUGAAUGGCUAAAGAAAUCUGAAGUCUUAUACUACAGUGUAGAAAAAAAGGGAAAUAUAAGUUCCCAGCUUAAACACUAUAACCCUUGGAGCAUGAAAUGUCACCAGCAGCAGUUACAGAGAAUGAAGGACAAUGCCAAGCAUCGGAACCAAUACAAAUUCAUCUUACUAGAGAACCUGACUUCCCACUACGAAGUACCAUGUGUCCUGGACCUGAAGAUGGGCACACGCCAGCAUGGUGAUGAUGCUUCAGAAGAGAAAGCAGCCAACCAAAUCCGAAAAUGUCAGCAGAGCACAUCUGCAGUCAUAGGUGUGCGUGUGUGUGGCAUGCAGGUGUACCAGGCGGGCACAGGGCAGCUCAUGUUCAUGAACAAGUACCACGGGAGGAAGCUGUCGGUGCAGGGCUUCAAGGAGGCGCUCUUCCAAUUCUUCCACAAUGGGCGGUACCUGCGCCGGGAGCUCCUGAGCCCCGUGCUCAAGAAGCUAGCUGAGCUUAAGGCAGUGCUGGAACGACAGGAGUCCUAUCGCUUCUACUCGAGCUCCCUGCUGGUGAUCUAUGAUGGCAAAGAGUGGCCUGAGGUGGCCCUGGACUCAGAUGCUGAGGACUUGGAGGACCUGUCAGAAGAGUCAGCCGAUGAGUCUGCUGGUGCCUAUGCCUACAAGCCCCUUGGCGCCAGCUCCGUGGACGUGCGCAUGAUCGACUUUGCCCAUACCACCUGCAGGCUGUAUGGCGAGGACAGUGUGGUGCACGAGGGCCAGGACGCUGGCUACAUCUUUGGCCUCCAGAGCCUGAUAGACAUUGUCACAGAGAUCAGCGAGGAGAGUGGGGAGUGAGCUUGCUAGCUGCUCCAGGAUCUGAGAGACAUUGUAUCCCAGGCACAGCUGUGCUGCAUCAGGGAGGAGGUCAGGAUGGCCAGGUGAUGGCCCCUGCAGCUUGGAGCUGAUGCACAGUGGCCUUUGUGAGCCCCAGCCUGAGCCAGCCCCAUCUGUGCUCAGAAUCUAUUUAUUUUAACUAUUUCUUCAACAUUCCAAAUUUAAUGAUGCAGAUACCUCUUUCUUUCCUGAGUGUAAAUGUUCUAAUACAGAUUUUUUUGUUUAUUGUA